AAAUGGUGGAUUUGGGUGGCGCGGCAAGUGGGCUUCUGCGCGCGACAAGCUCAUCGUCGCCUCCUCCUUUGCUUCUUCUUCUUCUUCUUUUUCAUCCGCCCCGUCGGCUGCAACGACAGCAAUCCCACAUUGCUCUCGGAUGCCGACUCCGAUCCUGGGGAUCGGCAUUCUGUUAUUUACCAGAGGACCACCAUCAGCUCCGCCGUCGUCGUUGUUCCGUUCCUCUUGGGGUCGAUCAACGGCGACUGCUUGUCUGACUCAUCGCCGUUUCUUAAUUCCCAGAUUCGCCGCCUGCUUCUUCCUUGGGUUCCUGGUUUCUGUGUGGUUGUUGGCCGGAAUGAGUUCCCUUUCCGCUUCUCCUGCCAAUGACACCGGCUUGUUCAGGGGUGGCGGCGAUAAUUCCAACUCCGACUCUGAUUACGUCGAGAAGGAUCCCGCUGGCCGCUAUGUUCGGUAUAGCGAGAUCUUGGGCAAGGGCGCUUUCAAGACUGUAUAUAAGGCAUUUGAUGAAGUUGAUGGGAUAGAAGUUGCCUGGAACCAAGUCAGAAUUGAUGAUGUCUUGCAGUCACCAGAAGAUCUGGAAAAACUCUAUUUGGAGGUUCAUUUGCUGAAAUUACUAAAGCAUGAAAAUAUCUUGAAGUUCUACGAUUCAUGGGUGGAUGACAAGAAGAAAACUAUUAACAUGAUUACUGAGCUCUUCACAUCGGGAAGCUUGCGGCAAUAUCGCAAGAAGCAUAAAAAUGUGGACAUGAAGGCAAUAAAAAAUUGGGCAAGGCAGAUUCUUCAGGGUCUGGUCUACCUUCAUAGUCACAAUCCUCCAAUCAUUCACAGAGAUCUGAAGUGCGACAAUAUUUUCGUAAAUGGAAAUCACGGAGAAGUUAAAAUUGGAGAUCUUGGGUUAGCAACUGUUAUGCAGCAACCAACAGCUCGAAGUGUUAUAGGAACUCCUGAGUUUAUGGCACCAGAGCUUUAUGAAGAGAACUAUAACGAACUCGUUGACGUAUACUCUUUUGGGAUGUGCAUGUUGGAGAUGGUUACUUGUGAAUACCCCUACAGCGAAUGCAUAAAUGCAGCUCAGAUAUAUAAGAAAGUUACCUCGGGGGUAAAACCUUCUUCUCUUAGUAAGGUGAGUGAUCCUCAAAUUAGGGAGUUCAUUCAGAAAUGUCUCGUUCCGGCAAGGGAUAGGCUUUCUGCAAAGGAGCUUCUGACUGACGCCUUCCUCCAAACUGAGAAUCGAAAGGAAUUGAUUCGCGAUCCUUUGUCAUUGCCUAAUCUAAGUCCCAGGUCAUUAAAUUUGUCGGGUCCUCUCUCCAUGGAUGUUGACACUGACUAUAAGCAGCUGUCCUUAAGCACCUGUGGUAGAAGCAACAAGGAGACUUCGCAUUGCCCUGUUCUGGAAUUUCAGAGGAUAAAUAACAAGAACGAGUUCAGGCUGAAAGGAAUGAAAAAUGAAGACAACACUGUUUCAUUGACCUUGCGCAUUGCUGACUCAGCUGGUCGAGUCAGAAAUAUACAUUUUCUCUUUUACCUUGAUAGUGAUACUGCACUCUCGGUGGCGGCGGAGAUGGUUGAACAACUGGAGUUGGCAGAUCAUGAUGUGACAUUCAUUGCUGAUCUGAUCGACUUUCUAAUAAUGAGACUUCUACCUGGUUGGAAGCCCUCAUCCAGUUGUAUGUUGGAUGGAGUGGUGGUACCCAGAAUAUCCUCAGUUUUUGGGAAAGAUAAAGUCUCUGAAGGUAGCCUGUUGGGUUCAAUGCUAACGAGUGUGCCUGCUGAACUCGUGAAUAAGCAAGAUGGUGGUCUAAUUUUACAUGCAGGUCUGCAGGAUGGUAGGCUGCAAGGCGAUGACGGUAACUCUUAUGAUAGCAUUGGUAGAACCAUUUAUGACAAUGACUUCUAUUUGUCUCAACACCUGACUAAUUUGGGAGAUCAAGAUUCAGGAGCAUCGGUUGCUUCAGAGACACUAGUACAUAAACAUGAUGAAGCAGCUGAAUUUGUAGAUUGUAUAAUGGAUGGAAUCUUCAAUGGCUCGAGUGGGUAUGCCUCCGAUGAUUUUGGGGAUUCACAUUAUGAGGAUUGCAAACUGUGUGAGAAUGAUAGCAGAGCUGGAGAUCAUUUCCAAAUGAAUGACUUUUCCAGGAACUCAAGAUCAUCCUUCCCCGAUUUGAGCGGAAUGUCUAACGUCAUGAGCCUCACAAGCAGCUGUUCUUCGUUAUCAUUUGCGGAGAAAGGUAUGGAUCUUGAGCUGAAGUUGGAUCUAGAUGCAAUUGAAGCACAAUAUCGGCGUUGGUUUCUCGAGCUUUCUAGAAUGAGAGAGGAAGCUUUGGAGGCCACCAAGAAGAGAUGGAUGAUGAAGAAAAAGCUUACUAUUCAGUGAUAAUAACACUUUGGGUUCUCCUGUCAAGUGGCUUGCCACCAUUUUUUUUCUUGUCGCUUCUACAAGGAGAAAGAUCUUGUUAUAUGAGUUAUAAUGCCCGGAACAAUGUUAGAUGCGGCUUGUCCUGCCCAACCACCCCAAAUUUAUGCGAUGUUUGAAGUUCUCUUUCCAGCUCUCAUCAGCAAGCCUAAUUCUAUUUUAAUAUGGUCGCCUAUCUUUUCAGUCUAUGCAGGAGGCAUGAGUAUGAUCCGGCGUGAAUUCAUCAUUUGAUGUUCUCUUUUCCCUAAAUACAUAUCCUUGCUAAGAAUAGAAGCAAGGGAGACCCUUCUUUCACUACU